CCCAUUCAGUUCAGUCCAGUCAGGCGCCAUCUUCUCCUGCACGCUUCUCUCGGACAUGGCUGAUUAUGCGAAUGUGCCGCCGCCGUCUUCAAACUCUGGAGGAGUAAUGAACGACGCUUUUAAAGAUGCGCUGCAACGGGCGAGACAAAUUGCAGCUAAAAUUGGAGGUGAAGGUGGUAACCCACCCCCUCCAUCCAAUGAUUUUGGAUACGGAGGACAGAAAAGGCCUCUGGAAGAUGGUGACUCUGGAUUUUCACCGACUUCAUAUUAUGAUCAGCCUGAAACAAAAAAAGUCGCUACUAGUGACCCAUUUUCUGCAAUGGCUGGAAUGCCCGGACUUCCAAGGUCUAUAUCAGAAGAAUUUAAGGUUCCAGAUGGCAUGGUUGGCUUUAUUAUUGGAAGAGGUGGAGAACAGAUCUCAAGAAUACAGCAAGACUCGGGAUGCAAAAUACAGAUAGCUCCAGACAGUGGCGGUCUGCCUGAUCGCUGCGUGACUAUUUCAGGCUCCACAGAUUCAAUCCAGACGGCUAAGAGGUUAUUGACCGAGAUCGUCGAGAAAGGCAGGCCUACGCCUUUUCAUCACAAUGACGGUCCUGGAAUGUCCGUUCAAGAAGUAAUGAUCCCGGCAUCCAAAGCGGGCCUGGUCAUCGGCAAGGGCGGAGAAACGAUCAAACAGUUACAGGAGCGGGCUGGAGUCAAAAUGGUUAUGAUUCAGGAUGGUCCUCAGAACACGGGUGCAGACAAACCACUGCGGAUUUCCGGAGAUCCUUUUAAAGUCCAGCAAGCUAAGGAUAUGGUGAUGGACCUGAUCAGAGAUCAAGGAUUUCGGGAGCAGAGAAAUGAAUACGGGUCUCGGAUGGGAGGAGGAGGAGGAGGAGGAGGAGGAGGAGGAGGAGGAGGGGGAGGAGGAGGAGGAGGAGGAGGAGGAGGGGGAGGAGGAGGAGGAGGAGGAGAAGGUCUUGAUGUUCCUGUGCCACGCUUCGCUGUGGGCAUUGUGAUCGGCAGGAGUGGUGAGAUGAUCAAGAAGAUUCAAAACGACACCGGUGUUAGGAUUCAGUUCAAACCAGAUGAUGGCACUGAGCCAGACAGGGUCGCUCAGAUCAUGGGUCCACCAGAUCGGGCCCAGCACGCAGCCAGCAUCAUCACAGACCUUCUGCGCAGCGUACAGCAGGGCGGACCCCCAGGUCCCGGCGGCAGGGGCAGAGGACGUGGACAAGGGAACUGGAACAUGGGCCCGCCUGGAGGCCUGCAGGAAUUUUCCUUCACUGUACCCACUGUUAAAACCGGCCUCAUUAUUGGCAAAGGAGGAGAAACCAUAAAGAACAUAAGUCAGCAGUCUGGGGCCAGGAUAGAGUUGCAGAGGAACCCUCCUCCCAACGCCGACCCCAACUUGAAGAUGUUCACCGUGCGUGGGUCGCCCCAGCAAAUCGACUACGCCAGGCAACUGGUUGAGGAGAAGAUUGGGGGACCGGUUACUCCGAUGGGUGGCCCUCAUGGCCCACCAGGGCCCCACGGAGGCCCUGGACCACACGGCCCUCCUGGUCCACCUGGACCUCCUGCGCCUAUGGGCCCCUACAAUCCUGGAGCCUACAACCAGGGACCUCCUGGACCACAUGGACCCCCUGGGCCGUACCAACCUCAAGGCUGGGGCAACGGCUACCCUCACUGGCAGCAAGGCCAACCCGAUCCCAACAAAGCAGCGGCUGACGCCAAUGCUGCAGCAUGGGCGGCUUAUUAUGCCCAGUACCAGCAGCAGCCUCAACAGCAACAGCAACAGCAGCAGCAACAGCAGCCCCCCAUGACCCCCACAAGUUCAGCACCGGGCACCACACAAGCCAACGGGCAAGGUGACCCGCAGGCUCCAGGUCAGAGCGGACAGACAGAUUACACCGAGGCGUGGGAGGAAUAUUACAAGAAAAUGGGUCAACAAGGCCAGCAGCCGCAGGAUUACACCAAGGCGUGGGAGGAGUACUAUAAAAAACAAGGUCAAGCUGCUCCCCAGACACCCGGAGCGGCGCCCUCUCAACCCGGUGGCCAGCCGGACUACAGCGCCGCCUGGGCCGAGUAUUACCGCCAGCAGGCGGCCUACUACGGCCAAGGAGGCUCUCAGCCCAUGGGAGCGACGCCACCGGCCCAGCAGGGCCAGUAAUGUGAAGCGGACAUAAAGUAAAUGCUACCUUGUCGAAAAAAUCCUUUGUUAAAUGUUUGGAUGCAGACGCCUUGAUGAAGAUCGUAAUUUCCUUGGUUUUGCGUUUAAACUUGUUUGCAGAACGGCUUCGGAUCGAGAGUCUUUUCUUUCUCUCUUUUUUUUUUUUUUUUUUGUGUAUUUUUUUCUUCUCUUGUAUAAAAUGAACAGUCUUGUUUUUAGUGCGGUAACAUUUUGGUCAUUCCUGCUCUUGUAUCUCAUGUAGUUCAGAGCUCAUGUCUAUAAUCUCCAGCCCAUGUAAAUCAUCUCAGUUUUAAUAUAAAAUGCCUGUUGUGUUUUGCAAUAAAACAAAAUGAAACCUCCUGUGUUGGUAAGUUGGGUGGAUAAAGGUGGGCAGUGGUGAUAUCAUCAUGUAUGUUAUUGCUCUUUUCUUCUGGCGGGUGGGAUGUGGGGUCUAAAACCACGUAAACGUGACAUUUCGGCUCAAUUCUUAAGACUGCUUGUUAGCUCUUGGUCGUUCCCAUUCCUGGUCUUGUAGGUUACACGAAUGCUAUGCGGAUAGGCCUGUCGUUGACACUAGAACUAGGCAGGUGUAUGAAAUGCUGAGCGAAAUGCGACUGCUGAGAAACUAACUUGAGAAACUUUAGGACAGCGGUAAGCAAAAAAAAAAAAAGAAUGUUGUUUAUUUUAUGUACUGCAAGCAUUUUUGUCAGUAUGCUGUUCUUUCAGUAUAGGUGAGCAGAUAUUUAAGUAUAUAAACUUGUCCUAUUUUACUCAUUUGUCUAUUAAUUUGCAAACAUUUUAAUGCACCUGCUGGCAUUUUUUGUCAAUUCGAAAUGUAAAAGUGGCGAUGUAGGCCUGUAGGUGUGUGUUUUUAGGGCUGAGAAGGCUAUGCUGUACCACACCAGUGAAAUGAGGCCUCCGAUGUAAGUACCAAAACAAAAACCAAAACCCCAAGUUUUGAUUUGCCAAUGCAUUGUCUUUGACCAGUUAGUGCAUAAGGUUGAUUGAUAUGUUCACCCUGCUCAUGUAUUUUUUUUAUAUAUUCUUGUUGUUCUGUUUUUGGGUAAGUAUGUCUGGGCGGCAGCUCGAUUUGACAUGAUGUAAAAUGAUGUCUCUGAAGCCUCUGACCUUACUUACCCUGUUCUGUAAUUGGACUGUUAAGUUUUGCUAAGCAAACGUAAAACUGUUUUAGAUGCGAAAUGAUGCGCAGGCAAUGAAGCAAUGAAAUGUGGUUGUGUUUUUUGCUUCUCUCUUGACAUGUUUUUGACAGGCAGCACUUGCAGUUAAUCUGUUAUGGCAUUGGAAAUGCAGAACGUAUAAAUGUAUAAACAUUUAAGUGCCAUUAGUGUUUUCUAAAUACAUGUUUUGUGCUAAUGUGGGCUGCAGUUUCAGGCUACAGUAUUCUAGUUCUGUGACUCGUUUUUUAUAUAUAUAUACAUAAAUAUAUAAAUAUUUUGCAGUUGCUUUGAAAAUAUCAAAUUGAUGCCGUUUGCAAUGUUGAUUGGUGGCACAAUGCGUAGUGUCUGAUUUUUGCAGGGUCGAUCCAGACCUUAGGUUCUGCUGCAAUAACACAGGUAAGCUUAACCUAAGAAAGCAACAAGUGUUUGACCUGUGAAUCAGUGUUGAUGUAUUUUUCCCACUGAAUCUGACUUGUGAUGUUUGCUAUUUUUUAAAAAAUACUAUAAAUAUUUACUGUUAAGACUAUAAAUGUAGAGAACAUUUCUGAAAGCCCUUUAAAGUCGUAUAAUGCCAUGUAUCUAAAUUAACUACGUCACUGACUAGCAUGCAGCUUAAUGUCAUUUUUCUCCAAAUACAAUUGCAAUGUCAUUUUAUCAUGACUGAGAUGCUGUUUGUCCCAUACCGUGCAUACACAAUGCUUCUCCUUGCUCUUGAUUUAGAUCAAUCGUGAUGACACUGUAUUUGUCUUAUCGAUGCUGCAUGGCGAUUACUCUGAAGUAUACACAUGUAUGUGUGCUCACAUGUGAUUGGUUCAAAGCCUGUGUUAAUGUGGCGCUAAUGCAAACUGCUGCCUUCAUUCUCGCUCACAGUGUUGGAAGACGCCGCAGGCGUAGUUCGUAGAAUCAGGUCCUCAGCUAGGGUUGAUCCUAAGGAGGAGAGUAUCCCUCUGCCGAACAUAGACCGUUCGAGGGCUCCAGUUAAAGGUAAAUGAUGAAUAUUCGGGAAUCUGUGAUUGCAAAGUCAUGUGUUUUCGUUCAGGCCAAAUGUCUUCUGAUGCUAGCAAUAUUCUUUCUCUUGUGGUUGAUGAAUUCUGCCAUGUUGAUUCGUACAUGCUGUUUUACUGUUGUUGACUUGCGUAGGGACUGAAAUGUGUUCAUGUUAGACAGCCGAAUUAUGACCAGGAACAUUCAUGCGUAACAUUCAUGCAUUUAUGAGUAGCAAACCAGGCCGAAAAUUAGAGAGUGUCUAUUUGAAUUUGUUGUCCGUUGCUGCAUACGGUGUGGUAUGUACGCAAUUGGCUCCUUCUUUAUAAGCAAACUGUCCAACAGAAUUCGUUUUUUGGGGGGGGGGGGGGGGGCAAAAGAAGACUUAAUCGGAGGCUAGCUGAGAAAUGGGGAGCAUGCCUUCGAGGUAAACACAAAACGGUUUAUUGUACAGUCCAUGCUCUGAAAUGUACAUUUUGUUUUUGCUUUUUUUCCUGCUGAAUUGUUGAAUUUCACUGUUUUGUUGAGCAACUGUUGACCUGUUAAUCAAUAAAACUGUCGUGUUUAGAA